GUCACACACACACACACAUUCACACUCACACACACACACUCCUACUGUCUACAGUCAGUCCACUUGUGUGUUUGUGUGACUGUAUGCAAUUCCGUCACCCUUACGCGUUGAUGAGUCGCGCUGUAAGCCUGGUACUUUCAAAUCAGGAACUGAAUCAGUGCAUGUAAACAAUAACAUAAGCAAAGACCAGAUAUUUGCUCAUGCUUUCUGGACGUACCGGUGAAAGUACACGCGCAUCGCCGGUCUAAACACGGAAUUCACACACUUUGAUCAUCUUUUCUUCUUGACCAGCACUUCUUAACCAGUACUAACAAUUGCCAAACCAAAUCAACUUGUGGUUCCUGUAAAAUUGUGUGGGCAAAUCCUUCCAUGAACAGGGACGUACAGAGGAGCACAGCGAUAAGUUUAACCAGGUGAAAAAAUGGAAGUUGCUGUACCAGAAGAGCCUCAAAAGAAGAUUUUCCGCGCUCGAAAAACCAUGAAGAUGAGUGACCGUCAGCAGCUGGAGGUGCUGCACAACACCUUGGUGACUGCACACCCAAACUCCUCUUCACGGCCCCAGACACCACUGGUGAAUGGAACGCACGGGGAGGAUGGACAGAAGGGGAAAGAGAAGGACAAGGAGACUGGGACAAAGUCUCCUGCUUCGCCCGUGGCACAUUCUUCCCCUGUACCAUCAUGCUCACUCUCUCGAUCGCCUUCUCCAGCUGAUGGUGAAAAUCGAAACCCUUCACCUUCUCUGAAGAGAGGCUCAGAGAAGGGCAAAGGUGAAGAGAAAAAGGGAGAGAAAGACAGAAGGGAUGAUAAGAAGGCAGAAGAAGACAAAGCUGACAAAACAGAAACCACCAAAUCUACACGCAGCGGUUCUUCGUCAGUAUCUGACAAGAAGACCGAGCAGAACAAGACAUCCACAGGUCAAGUGUUGAACGGUGAGCUGCCCAUGGAUACAGACAGCACUUCCCUUGACAACGGUUCAGCGGAGGAGAAAAGCAGUAAGAGCAUCUCCUCCUCGUCUCCUUCAGGCUCUCCAGCCGCCAGCCUGGAGUGUGACCCGGAAGUGAAAGAGGGCUUUCUCUGCCUCAGUGAGGAAGAUGAGGGUCAGGGAGAGCAAGAUGAGGCAAAAGACAGAAACGAGGAGAAGAUGGAUGUGGAACCUGAGAAAGAGGAGAAGAAAGAGGGAGAGAGAGGGUGUAAUGUGGCAGAUGGCACAGGCACCAGCACUACUUCUGGGAAAAAGAGAUCCUUGUCGCCAGUUGAGGUGAAAGAUGAAUGGAAAGAUGAGGAGAUCAAGGAGGAGCGAGAUGGAAAGCGAGCAAGAGUAGAGGGAGUGCAGUUGGAGGCUCAACUGGAGCUGAAGAUCACAGCCAAUGCAGGGAGCCGUCUGAAACUGGAAAAGGUGGUGCAGCAGUUGGUGGAGGAACGCUUGCGUGUUCUGCAGCUAACUGUGUUUGACCACAGUCUACAAGAACUGAAGGACCGAAUGGAGAAAAUUGAUGUUGCCACCAAACAGCAGAAAACAGUUCAACAUACCCUACAGAGUAAGAUUGCACGACUUACCAAGAAGUUCGGAGCUGCUAACCAGGCAUCAGAGAAUUCCAAAAAAGCUCAAGUGACUGCUGCUACCACUGCUGCUAAGCCUACUCCCACACCCAUGACCACCCCAACACCACAACGCACUGUAAGGUCCAUGCUGGACCCCAAGCCUAAUCCUUCUGCAGCAUCAUCCAGUUCCAGUGCUACCCCGACACAGCCCAAACCUCACUCCACUCCAAGUACGCCCACCUCCUCAGCACUGGCUGCCCCUGCACCCAUCCUCCAGCUCAUAACCACAACAACAAACUCCACACCCUCCUCCUCCUCCAGCUCUUCUCUGAGUGUCCAGGCCCAGACAGGCACUCUAGUGCUGCAGUCCCGCCCAAACACAGGUGCCAUGACGACUAGCACAGCCACAUCAGCUGGCCAACCAAUGUCUAUACAGCCUUUGCUGAUCCAGCUCCCACUGGCUAUGGCUAAUGGCCAGGGUGGGGCCAUAGCUGGAGGAGUUGGCCUGAUCCCUGUGUCCUCCUUGGCCACAGUUACUAGCCUUAGCAAGGCCAAGACCACAACAGCCACCACUUUUAUCUUGCAGAAAACUGCAGGAAGUGUUACGACUUCCUCCUCGACAGCUCCCACGUCCUUGGCUUCAUCAGCGUCUUCGGCAGUGACACAAAUGCCACCAAGUAGACCAGUAUACCAGGGUAGCACAGGCACAGCAAAUUCACCUAAUGCUGGCAUCUCUGUGAUGACGGCCCGGGCCCCAGCACAGUGUGCCACUGUGGUUGGAAUGGCCACUGCUUCAUCAUCUCCAGCUACCACAGGGCCUGCUGCAACAGGCUCAGCAGCAGCCUCAGCUGGUCCACCAUCAGCAUCGGAAAUGGCGUCUAAAACAGAUAAUCAAGCCAUUCAUUCUGCUUCAGCCAAAUCACCUGCUCAGACUACUCGUCCCAAGGGCUCAGUGAUCGACCUUACUGAGGAUGAUGAUGAUGUUCAAGUUACUGGUGUGCAGAAGCCUACAACUCCUGCCAAUCCCACUAAUACCCAGCGACCCCCAGGGCCUCCCCCAUCACUAGUGAGCUCCACCACUGUUGUAGGUCGCUCUGCAGCACAACAUCGUACCCCAGUGGACUCCCCUACUAAAUCACGCACAAGCUCCUCGACUUCACUUCCUCCGUUGCCAUUAGCCCCAGCCCCACCAGCACGUCUGCCCCAAGAUGCGGUGCACACAUCUCCUCCUCAACAGCCUCAGCUAAAGCUUGCACGUGUGCAGAGUCAGAAUGGCAUUGUGCUGUCAUGGUGCGUAUCUGAGACUGAGCGAAACUGUGCUCCUGUGGACAGCUACCACCUCUAUGCUUACCACCAGGACCAGCAGAGUGCAUCAGCAGGAUCAACCACACAGUCGGCCGCACACUCGCUGUGGAAGAAGAUUGGUGAAGUGAAGGCACUGCCACUGCCCAUGGCAUGCACUCUCACCCAGUUUGUGUCUGGAUCAACGUAUUACUUCGCAGUCAGGGCUAAAGACGUGUACGGCCGCUUUGGGCCGUUCUGCGAGCCCCAGUGUACCGAUGUCAUAAACCCACAGACCUAAGUUGAUGUAAUGAAUUCUGUUAGUUAGCAAAGGAAAAAUGCAGAGCACUCUGCAGAAAUAUCCAAACUGUGGGAGAAACUGAACUGCUAAUAAUGCAUCAGACUACUUGUUUAGUUAGGAAAUGUCCACAAAAUUGGAUAGGAUGCUAAAAAAGAUACACAAUACCCUGAAGAAAGAGACAUGCACAUUAGUCAGUAAUUUGACGCUAUUUUAAGGAAAAUGGGGAAACGGCACUGGUCUGAAUUGUGCCACAAACGGUAUUUUCCAUUUGUAAAAUGACUGUACAGUUAAGUGUUAAACAAUAGGUCAGAUAUUUAUACAUUGUGUUUGGUCCGUUCCAAAUUUUCAUUUUUCUUUCUUUCUUUUUUUUUUUUUUUUUUUUUUUUUAAAAGAAUGUUUUUUAAUAAAAAAUACUUUCAAUCCAUUGCACAUAUGCUCCAUAAAACAGCAUGGUAUCAAGCAACAUGGAAAGACAAUGGUGGCAUUAAUGCUUUUGUAAUGUUCUGUCUGGUAACCAGACGCCUAAAGAACAACCUUCAAAUAAAGGUGUUUAAAAUGUUAAAA